GAGAGAUAGAUAGAGAGAUAGAGAGAGAUCACCAGAGCAGUGUGAUGACAAAGCUCCACCCUGUACUGACAUCACCUGAGACCAACCAUGAAACAGGUUGUUCCUGUUCAGUUCUCACUGAGGAGAGACACACAGACGGAGAGACAGACGCUGCACUCAGAGACAAAAUGGCUUCCAGAUUAGAGGAGGAUUUCUGCUGUCCGAUCUGUCAUGAUGUCUUUAGAGAUCCUGUUCUUCUGUCAUGCAGCCACAGUUUCUGUAAAGACUGUCUGAAGAGCUGGUGGACAGAGAAACAGACACGUGAGUGUCCAGUUUGUAAGAGAAGAUCUUCAAAGGCUGAUCCACCCUGUAAUCUGACUUUAAAGAACCUGUGUGAGAGUUUCUUACAGGAGAGAGAUCAGAGAUCUUCAGAGGCUCUCUGCAGUCUGCACUCUGAGAAACUCAAACUCUUCUGUCUGGACCAUCAGCAGCCAGUGUGUCACGUCUGCAGAGAUUCAGAAAAACACUCCAACCACAGAAUCAGACCCAUCGAUGAAGCUGCUCGACAACACAAGAAGGAACUUGAGGAAACUCUGGAGCCCUUAAAGGAGAAGUUAAAGGUUUGUGAAGGAGUUAAAGUGAAGUUUGAUCAAACAGCAGAACACAUGAAGGUCCAGGCCCGACACACAGAGAGGAAGAUUAAGGAACAGUUUAAGAAGAUUCACCAGUUUCUAGAAGAGGAAGAGGAGGCCAGGCUGGCUGCACUGAGGGAGGAAGAGGAGCAGAAGAGUCAGAUGAUGAAGGAGAAGAUGGAGGCUCUGAGCAGAGAGAUAGCAGCUCUUUCAGACACAGUCAGAGCCACAGAGGAGGAGCUGAGAGCUGAAGACGUCUCAUUCCUGAACAACUACAAGGCUGCAGUGGAAAGAGUCCAGCAGCGCCCCCUGCUGGAGGAUCCACAGCUGCCCUCAGGAGCUCUGAUAGACGAGGCCAAACACCUGGGCAACCUGACCUUCAACAUCUGGAACAAGAUGAAGGACAUGGUCUCCUACAGUCCUGUGAUUCUGGAUCCAAACACUGCUCAUCCAUAUCUCAUCCUGUCUGAAGAUCUGACCAGUGUGAGAGUAGGAGAGGAACAGCAGCUUCCUGAUAAUCCAGAGAGGUUUGAUCAGUACUGCUCUGUUCUGGGCUCUGAGGGCUUUAACUCAGGGACUCACAGCUGGGAUGUCGAGGUUGGAGACAGUACAUACUGGAUACUGGGUGUGUUAGCAGAGUCUGUCCAGAGGAAGGGAGGCAAACUGUCUGAAUUAUGGAUAAUAGGGUUCUAUGAAGGUAAAUACUCAGCAUGGUCACCACCAGCUACAUACACUGGUCUUGUAGUUCAGAAGAAGGUCCAGAGGAUCAGAGUGAAUCUGGACUGGAACAAAGGAAAGCUGUCGUUCUCUGAUCCUGAUACUAACACACACAUACACACCUUCAAACACACUUUCACUGAGAGGAUGUUUCCAUACAUUGACACUAUGGAUGAAGUCCCACUGAAGAUAUUACCAGUGAAGGUCAGUGUGACAGUGGAACAGAGCAGUUAGAGAUAAAGAGGAUGAUUAUAUUCAUGAUGUUUAUUUCUUAAAGAGAAAAGUCUCUGAAUUGAUCCUGUUAAACUGAAACCUGCUCCUCAUUAUUCCAACACUGCAGGAACAGACACAUAUUAUUAAAUAUAAUCAAAUGUUCAGGUAUUGAGGAAAUAAUUAGCCAAUUGAGCUGAAUUCAAGAAUUUGUGCCCUAAUUAGCAAAACAAAUCUUACAAUAAGACACAAUUCCUUCAUAAUAAAAAUAGUGACUUUGUCUUAAAUGAAGGAACCAGAAACAUUCUUAUUUCAAUCAUUUUUUAUUAAAACAAUGAAAAACUAAACAGCUGCUUCAUUUCCAACACUGGGACAACAAUAAAAACCUAAUUCUAUUUUCUCUUGUUUAUAUCUUGUAUUUUUCUGUUUUAUUUUGUUAUUUAAUUGUAUUUCUUUUUUCUCAUCUGAUAUUUUCUAUCUGGUUUUAUUAUUCUGAUUGUUUUUAUUUUCUUUUUGUUGUUAUUUAGUUUGAAAUCAGCUUUUUGUUUCUAUUGUCGACUUUUUUCAGAUGUAAAAUUGUUUCAUUUAGUUUCUGAUCUUUGUGUUUGGUUUUCUUUUAAUCAAUACUGUGUCAUUUUAAAUUCAUUUUUCAUUAUUUUAACUUAAAGACCAGCGACCAGUUUGUGGAAGGUCCGUGGUCCGUGUAUGUUUUGGUCAUUGGAUUUUCCUUUCAGAAACGGGUAUUAAAAAACAGAAAACGA